AUGAAGAAGAAUGCAUCACCACUUUCUUCAGAGCGUUGCAUGUCUGUUACCUCCCCUCUUCUUGAUUUGGAAAAGGAAUCUGAGAUAUCAAGUGGUGAAGGGUCUCAAAAUAGGGUCAUAGAAUUAGAAGAUGAAGUGAAAGAUGAAUAUAGCAUUAAUGAUAGUCCUAUUGAGCAAGUGAGACUAACAGUUCCAAUCACUGAUGACCCUUCUCAGCCAGCACUCACUUUUCGGACAUGGAUUCUGGGACUAGCUUCAUGUGUGCUCCUUGCAUUUGUGAACCAAUUCUUAGGCUACAGAACCAACCCUUUGAAAAUCACUUCUGUCUCUGCUCAGAUUAUUACACUCCCACUUGGGAAACUUAUGGCUGCAACACUUCCCACAAAACCAAUUCAAGUCCCUUUCACAGAUUUGUCUUUUUCGUUGAAUCCGGGGCCAUUCUCUUUGAAGGAACACGCGUUGAUAACUAUCUUUGCUAGCUCAGGAUCUAGUGGUGUUUAUGCAAUUAACAUCAUCACAAUUGUCAAGGCUUUCUAUCACAGAAGUAUCAAUCCAGUAGCAGCGUAUAUGUUAGCACUAUCGACUCAGAUGCUAGGGUAUGGAUGGGCUGGAAUUUUCAGAAGGUUCCUUGUCGAUUCGCCUUACAUGUGGUGGCCUGAAAACCUUGUGCAAGUCUCUCUAUUUAGAGCAUUUCAUGAAAAAGAAAAAAGGCCUAAAGGAGGAACUUCUAGGCUGCAAUUCUUUUUCAUAGUCUUUGUAGCUAGCUUUGCAUAUUACAUUGUCCCGGGCUAUUUUUUCCAAGCAAUAUCGACUGUGUCUUUUGUUUGCUUGAUUUGGAAAAAUUCUAUCACUGCGCAACAGAUCGGAUCGGGCAUGAAAGGCCUUGGCGUUGGUUCAUUUGGCCUGGACUGGAACACGGUUGCUGGCUUCAUAGGUAGUCCUUUGGCUGUUCCUGGCUUUGCCAUCAUCAACAUAAUGGCUGGAUUCUUAUUGUAUAUGUAUGUUUUAAUUCCAAUUUCCUAUUGGAACAAUUUAUACGAUGCUCAAAAAUUUCCUAUCAUUAGCUCUCACACAUUUGAUUCUACCGGUGCAACUUACAAUAUUACUCAGAUCCUCAAUACCAAAACUUUUGACAUUGAUAUGGACAGUUACAACAAUUACAGCAAAAUCUAUCUUAGUGUCACAUUUGCGUUCCAAUACGGAAUGAGCUUUGCAGCUCUUACAGCCACAAUUUCGCAUGUUGUCCUUUUCCAUGGAGAAAUGAUUCUUCAGAUGUGGAAAAAGACGGCAAGUUCACUAGAAAAACUCGGAGAUGUCCAUACAAGAAUAAUGAAGAAAAACUAUGAACAGGUUCCUGAAUGGUGGUUUGUUUCCAUUCUAAUUCUAAUGGUUAUGAUGGCUUUAGUAGCUUGCGAAGGCUUUGGCAGGCAACUUCAACUUCCAUGGUGGGGAAUCUUACUUUCUCUAGCAAUUGCAUUAGUUUUCACUUUACCGAUUGGCGUCAUUGAAGCAACAACAAACAUAAGAACAGGUCUCAAUGUGAUCACAGAGUUGGUUAUCGGUUUCAUCUAUCCAGGAAAACCACUAGCUAAUGUAGCUUUCAAAACGUACGGCCAUAUCAGCAUGGUACAAGCACUUGCUUUUCUUGGCGACUUCAAAUUAGGCCACUAUAUGAAAAUUCCACCAAAAUCAAUGUUCAUUGUGCAGCUUGUAGGCACAGUAGUUUCUUCAUCUAUUCACUUUGGAACAGCAUGGUGGCUUCUAACAUCUAUCGAGAACAUAUGUGAUGAAUCAUUGUUGCCAAAAGGUAGUCCUUGGACAUGUCCUGGUGAUGAUGUGUUCUACAAUGCUUCCAUCAUAUGGGGAGUUGUAGGGCCAAAGAGAAUGUUUACGAAAGACGGCAUUUAUCCUGGGAUGAAUUGGUUUUUCCUUAUUGGUCUACUUGUACCUGUUCCAGUGUGGCUUCUAUCAAUCAAAUUUCCCAACCAAAAGUGGAUUCAACUUAUUAACUUUCCUAUUAUCAUUGCAGGCGCAUCUAGCAUUCCACCAGUGAGAUCUGUGAAUUAUAUAAGUUGGGGAAUUGUUGGAAUAUUUUUCAAUUUCUAUGUGUAUAGAAAGUUCAAAGCUUGGUGGGCUAGACAUACUUAUAUUCUAUCAGCUGGUUUAGAUGCUGGAGUUGCUUUUAUGGGUUUAUUACUUUAUUUUGCUCUUCAAUCUUAUGGUAUUUUUGGUCCAACAUGGUGGGGUCUUGAAGCAGAUCACUGCCCUUUGGCCAUAUGCCCCACAGUUCCAGGUUUACAUGCAGAGGGUUGUCCUGUCAUUGACUUCCAUGUUACCAUUCCAUUACCAAUAUUGCCAAGUUAA